CGCCGCGUCGUGCGCUCCACUCUCCGAGCCACUCUAUCGACCACCGUCGCACAUUUUCCGAACGCAUUUACGAUUUAUUUUUAGUUCCUGACCGAAAAAUAUUUUUUUUCACUACAAAAAAAUACUGGACUUUUGAUUUAUCGAUCAGACACGUGUUUACCGGCAUCCACGUUUUUCACUCUGAGUGAAUAAAUUAGCGGGGCGUCGCGUGAAAUUUCACUUUUUACCGCCAAAGGACUGUCCUAUCAUGUUCGAUAUUGACAAGCGAGAAAUAUGGACCUUUGAAUGCAGUCCAUUAUAAUGCAAGAUAAGCCGAACAUAUCGAAUUAUAAACAUAAAUAGUGCAGCAGUGUUGUGAUGUGCCGGUAGCGUCAGUCAAUAUGAGUGCUAGUGUCCGCCGAGCCAGCAGGAUGGAUGUGCUAUGGUCCAUAUUCAAGCUGCUGCUGUUUCAAAUGAUGGUGAUGAGGUGCAGUGGCAAGCACUUGCCCGUGAGGGUGGAGCUGAACGACGUGGAAGACGUUCAGGAUAGCAUAAGACAAUUUGUACAUACUGGAAUGUAUUCACACAGAGACCUGGACCCGUCGCAGGUGCAGGUCAUCACACCGGUGAAGGUGUCGCACGACGGAGUGUUUCUGUCGCACGACGUGCAACAUGCGCACGAGCACGGGCAUGCACGUGCGAGGCGGGAUCUGCAUGGGGUGGAACACCACCUCCCGCAUAUGCUCCACUACAAUCUGACCGUCGAUGGUCGGGACCUUAGGCUGGAUCUAAGGCCUUCCGUUACUUUCAUCACGCCAGCGAUGAUAGUGGAGCGGCACACGGCGACGGGCCGCACGCGAGAGCGGCCCCGUGCGGAAACUACGGCCUGCCACUACACCGGCUCCGUGCGCGGCCAGCCCAACUCCAGAGUCGCUAUAUCCGCCUGUGACGGACUUGCGGGUCUUUUACUUACGGAAAACGGAGAGUACUACAUAGAACCCUCGACUCAGGAGUCCACCGAUAAGACUUCGGGACGACCGCACGUCGUAUUCCGAAGAUCGGCCGUCGACAAAGUUGACGCAUUCCAUAGACGAAAGAGAGAAAUUAACAGAUCGAAUACGUACAACCCCGCAAAUAGAAAUAGCAAUAGAGAGCGCAAUAGUAGCAGAAAUACUAAUAGAAACACAGAUUAUCGAAGAAGGCAGAUGGAAGCUUACCACAGACGAAGACAAGCUUUCCUAGAGGAGCGCCACAGAAGAAUGGAAGCAAUGAGAAAGGACCCCGCUGCGUACAGACGACAAACGAAAAACCAAACGCGACUGAGAAUGGAGCAGAGGAGAAUGCAAGCCGCGAGAGGCAGACCAGCGAACAGCAACUCGUAUGAAAGAAGACAACGACUGAACAGACCACAAAAUAGAGGCAGAAAUCAUCAAGCAUUACAGAGAGAGGAGUCGAAACGACGGAGACAUAAGCGCUCCAAGAACUGUGCAACAAAACAACCCCCGUACCAGUGGAAGGAGAAGAAUUCGGGAAGCUUCGAAACAGAAGAAUCGAGCCGUUACAAGAACAACUACCGAAGCAACAGAUGGAACACCAACACUCGUCGUAACACGCGGUCGGUGAGCAAACCUCGCCAUGUCGAAGUGCUGCUCGUCGCAGACAAGUCCAUGACUGACUUCCAUACGCCACACAAACUGGAGACAUACUUGCUGACCAUCAUGAACAUGGUUUCCAAGCUGUACAAUGACCCUUCGAUCGGGAACUAUAUAAAAGUGGUGGUUGUGAAGAUUAUCCUGGUGGAGGAGAUGUCCACGGCUCUGGAGUUGAACGUGACGAGUAACGCUGACGAGACCCUGGCCUCGUUCUGCCGCUGGCAGCUGCAGCUGAACCCCAACAACGACGAGGAUCCUCAUCAUCACGACGUCGCUAUUCUCGUCACCAGGCAGGACAUCUGCAGCAUGCACGACACACCUUGUAGCACCCUAGGCGUGGCGCACGUGGCCGGGAUGUGCAAGCCGGACCGCAGCUGCUCCGUCAACGAGGACAACGGUAUAGCGCUCGCACACACCAUCACACACGAGCUGGGGCACAAUUUCGGUCUAUACCACGACACGGAGAAGAUCGGCUGUCACCGGCGGGAGGGCGCCACGCUGCACAUCAUGACGCCCAUCUUCGAGUCCGACACCGUCCAGGUGGCCUGGUCGCGCUGCAGCAAACGGGACGUCACCAACUUCUUGGACGCGGGUCUGGGAGAAUGUUUGAGUGACAUACCAUCACAAGAGGAAACACACUAUGUUUAUCCUGAGGAACCCGCUGGUGUGACAUAUGACGCGGCUGAGCAGUGCCACCUACAGUUUGGGGCUGAGGCGAUAGUGUGCGCGAGGCCUGAUGAGCUGUGCCAACAUCUGUGGUGCCUCGUCAACAACACCUGCAAGACUAUACUUCGUCCGGCAGCACCUGGCACCCCUUGUGGGGAGCACAUGUGGUGUCAGAACCAAACGUGCGUCGCUCGCACCGAGUCCCCGGCUCCACGUGACGGCGGUUGGGGCCCGUGGUCUGAGUGGAGCGAGUGCUCGCGGACCUGCGGAGCUGGUGUGUCCACACAGUCCAGAGAGUGCAACAACCCCGCGCCGGAGAAUAACGGAGCCUACUGCAUCGGGGAUAGGAGCAGAUACAAGACGUGCAACACGGAGCCAUGUCCCAUCAACGAGCCGACGUUCCGCGAGGUGCAGUGCUCGCGGUACAACAACAAUACGUACAGGAACGAGACCAUCGAGGAGUGGAUACCGUACAUCGACCAAGACCGGCCAUGCGAGCUACAGUGCGUGCCGCGGAACGGCGCUGACUUCGAGAUCAACGGCGGGUUCGUGGCCGACGGUACUCCGUGCCGGCAGACCCUGGGCGCCAGGGACAUGUGUAUUUCAGGUGUAUGCUACAAGGUGGGCUGCGACUGGAUAGUGGGUUCUGACAUGGCGGAGGACGCGUGCGGAGUCUGCGGCGGCACCGGCUCCGCCUGCAAGACCGUGCAGGGCAUCUACAAUAAGGACACUACGAGAGUCUCCGGUGAUACCUUGGUUGCUGUGAUUCCGGCUGGCUCGAGGAACGUAAAAGUUCAGGAGAAAGUCAGCCCCGGAAACUUCAUUUCAAUCAGAAGCGCCAAGAACUCGAGAAGGAUUUAUCUAAGUGGAGCAAGGAAUACAACAUUGACGGAGUACUUUGUGGCCGGAGCCCCGGCGGUCUACGAGCGAGACCGCGACUGGGAGAAAGUCCACAUCAACGGACCCAUCGCCGAGGACAUCAAAGUUUUUCAACGCAUCUUCAGCGGUUCGCGACGCAACCCGGGCGUGACGUACCAGUAUACUGUAGACAGGCCACGAGCGAGGUUCUCCUACCGACUGUCGGACUGGAGCGCCUGCUCCGCGUCGUGCGGCGACGGCUACAUGCAGCGACACUACCAGUGCUUCGAUGAGCAUAACCGUCAAGUGGAACAAUCAGCGUGCUACCACAUGGAGGCGCCGCGUCAUGAAGCGCUACGGCAGAAGUGUCGUGUAGCGGACUGCGCCGCGCACUGGUGGGUCGGGCCGUGGAAGCCGUGCCGACCAUGCCAUAUGCCGGGCGAGAAGGCGACCAGAGAGAGGAACGUGCAUUGCGUCAACAAGGUGUCCAACAAAGUGGUCGACGACAAACACUGCGACUUGAGCGUCCGACCCAAGAGCAGCAUCAUAUGCUCAGACGUGCCAGCGUGCUAGAACAAA